CCAUGUUAGAACGAGGAAAUAUGAUACUUGAUCUAGCUUCUUUACGUGACAAAUCAGCAUGAUACAGAUGAGAAGGACAUAGAAAAUGGCACAAGACAACAGUUUACAUAUUGCUGAUGGCAUAGACCUAGUAGAGGCAGCCAUUAGGGAAGUGAAAUUUCUGGAGAAAGUUGACCAGCAGCCGUCUCUAUAUAGUGGUCCUAUUGUGAGGAGGGCUAUUUACAGGUAUGAAUCUCUAUGGCUACCCCUGGCGGCCAGACACAACAAAAAUACACUGGUGGCUCCGCUCGAUAUAGCCUGGGUUUGGCACUGCCACAUGCUGGCACCUGUGGCCUACAUGAGGGACUGUGAGAAAGCUGUGGGGUGUGUAGUGGACUUCAAGAUAUUCCUCAACAAUAGAGAUAACCAGUAUAAUAUGGACCUGGCCAGGUCUUAUUGGGAAGAGAUGUACCCUGGUGAACCUUUUGCAGUUUGUCUGGAUGAAGCAAGCUGCUCAAAUACAGAUUUUACAUCCUCUUUUUCUUAUGAUCUGGAAAAAGCGGUCGGGAGACAGAGAGCUUUCUAUUAUCAAGUUUCUCUUCCACAUUAUCUGGAUAAAAAGUUUGUGUCAGCUGGUUUGAAACGCUAUGAAAAGUUCCUGUCUUUGAAGAAAAGGAAUCCUGACCUUUUCAUUGUACCCUGUUAUGACACAGACCUAAUCUGGCAUACACAUCAACUACAUCCUGUGAAAUAUAAAGAAGAUACAAUUAGAAUUCUUGGAACUCAUUUCAAUCAUGAUGAUUCUGUCAACGACAGGAGUUUGGGAUCAAAACUAUGUACAGCCAGCGGGGAGACACGAGCACGUUGGCGAGAAAUGUUCGGGGAAGAUUUUUCGAACUUUGGAGCCAUGUACAGGGGUGAUUCGCCUGCAGGCAAGUUACGUGAAAUCCCCAUGAUACAAAUUUAUGGAGAGUGUACAAAGAUUGCAAACUUUACUAUUCAAAGCAUUGAUAUGGACAAUGAAGCUAUGCAUGCUAAAAAAAUUAACAAUCUGAAGUUUAUCAGUAUACUUGAAGGUGGAAUAGACCUAGAAUUGUUGAAAUUGAAAAAGCCACAUGAGCAUGAUCAUAGACUUUGGAAUGAAACAAAUUUAGCUGCAAACAACAAAAACUACGAAAUUGACACUUACUUUAGCAAAACAGUUGAUCUAAGAAUAAGUAGAAAAACAGGGUUUGUGAAAAAGUUCACAGGAAAAACUUCUAGAAUCACGGGAAAUUUUGGAGUGGAUUCAAUACUGCAAAAAUGUUUAGCCAAUACUGACAAGGUGACGAGCGUUGGAACUGUAUGUGAAAUGUCAGACGGUUCCAUUUUGAAGUUACAGCAGAAUGUCGAGAUUACUAAGAUUUCCCAGUGUCGCCUCAGUGUAUUGUUAGGAUCAUUUGAAUAUGCUGUCAUGCCUGAAGCAUUGGAGCAACUGUGGGGCCCCAUUCCCUUACCACGCCUUCCACCUGGUCAACAGAAUUCAUGUUCAGUUGCAUCACACAGGAUAAGGAAUACUGAGGGGAAGGUGAUGUUUACUUGUCGUGUAAUACACAGCGUAGCCCUGCUAACUUCUGCAAUCCAGAUCUAUUAUAAGGACCAACUGGCAGUAGUGUGUCAUCUAGUCAGCACAGACCAGUUGCCUCUACCCUCUCAGGUGGAUAAAGAAGAUGCAUGUGCAGUGCUAAACCCUGUAAAGGGUGAACGGGCCAUACUCAUCAAGAAUAAUAAAGGUGACUGGGGGAUAGUAGUAGCAAAUUGGACUGGUCGAAAGCGGGGCAUCCCAGGAACUAAAGGUAAGCAAGGGGUACCUGGAAGUCAAGGUUACCUAGCGGUUAAAGUGUUUCGUAACUCUACGAAGGCGUGGACAACAGCUGAGGUGGUAAUGAAUCAUCAUUCAGAACAAUACACUGUGAAAACUGAUGGUGUUACUAUGGAAUUAUCAGAUGGGACAAUAACCUACAAGAAAAACUUUACAGAAAUGGCUGAGAACCUAGGACUUGUUUUUAGUGUCUCUCUUCUCCAUGUUCUUUGUCAGCCUCGACCAAAAGACUGGGAACCUGGAAAACCACUACUGACACCUACAAAAGUGCGAGGACGACUUCGCAUCCAGCAAGUUCCAUCUGAAGAUCAUGUGAUGCUUGUAGGAAUGGGAUUGCUGAUGCUUACACCGUGCAAUCAUUUCAUUAGGCACAAGUUUGGACAUCACAAGUCCAGACACUUCUUCCUGCAUGGCAACCAGGAUUUCAGUGAUGGCAGUGAUGAUGAUGGAGAAGAUUCACUCCAGAGAAACACAGAGUUAGGAGAUGGAGAAACUCGGGGAAAUCUUGACCUUCAACUAGAAAUUGAUGACAGUGAGAAGGAAGAAGAAAAGGAGGAGGAUGACUGGGAUAUUGAUUUUGACUUAGAGGGGGAUGACACAGGUGGUUGUGGGGGUUGUGGAGGUUGUGGGGGAGGGGGAGAUGACGGCGGGUCAGGCUGGGGAGGAGGUGGGGGCUCGGGUGGUGAUGGGGGAUGGGGUGGCGAUGGAGGCUGGGGUGGUGGAGAUGGGGGUGGAGGAGAUGCAGGCUGGGGUGGUGGAGAUGGGGGCGGAGGAGAUGCGGGCUGGGGUGGUGGUGGGGGAGAUGGUGGUGGCGAUGGAGGAGCAGGGGGCUGUGGAGGAGGGGGCUGUGGCGGAGGGGGAUGUGGAGGUUGUGGAGGAUAA